AUGCUAUGCGAUGCGUGUGCUAUUAUACCAACUGGGCCCAGUACCGACCAGGAAAAGGGAAAUUCUUGCCUGAAAAUAUCAACCCGAACCUGUGUACUCAUAUCAUUUAUGCCUUUGCCAAGCCCGAGGGAUUAGAUCUGAAGCCUUUUGAGCAUAAUGAUGAUAGCACUGAGUGGUCGGAGGGAAUGUACGCACGAGUGAUUAAAGUGAAGGCGAAAAACCCAAAUGUGAAGAUCCUGCUUGCUGCUGGUGGCUGGAACAUGGGAUCUGAACCAUUCAUUCCCUUGGUGCAAACUCCGCAGUCGAGAUCGGUUUUCACAAAGAAUUUAAUACAGUUUCUACGUAAAAGGAAUUUCGAUGGCUUUGAUAUGGACUGGGAGUACCCAGCAGCCAGAGGAAGCACGCCUGAGGAUAAACCAAAGUUUCAACUUCUUAUGGAGGAAAUAAUGAGGGCGUUUAAAGAAGAAGGCACUCGAACUCAUAGAACCCGCUUGAUGUUGACCGUAGCCGUCGGAGCUGGCAAACCUAUCAUCGACGCCAGCUAUUUUGCAGUCAAUUUAUCCAAAACUGUCGACUUCAUCUCCAUCAUGACCUACGAUUUUCAUGGCUCCUGGGAAAAAUUUGUUGGUUUCAACUCGCCAUUGUUCGCACACCCUAAUGAAACCGAGCCGGCAAACCAGCUUAAUGUGGACUGGGCUGCCAAAUACUACGUGUCACUCGGAGUUCAAAAGGCAGAUCUGAAUAUUGGCAUCGCCACAUAUGGACGAUCGUUUACACUGGAAGAUGCCAAGCGAAACUCUAUUCUAUCUCCAGCCACUGGUGCAGGAACUGCGGGCACUUUCACCAAAGAGGCAGGGGUUAUGGCCUACUACGAGAUAUGUGAUUUAGCGGCUCAAGGCGGUCAGAUCGUGCAGGAACGUUCACAAAAGAAUCCCUACAUUGUGAAAGACGACCAAUGGGUUGGCUACGACGAUGUGGCGAGUGUCACAGCCAAGGCCUGCUACGCCAAUAAGAACGGGUACGGGGGCAUCCUAAUCUGGGCGAUAGAUUUUGAUGAUUUUCUGGGCCGUUCCUGCAAUCAAGGACAGUUUCCACUCCUGACAGCUGCAUACAACGCUUUUAUUCACCCGACAGCAGACAUGUACGUUGACUUUUCGAUUUCUCCCAUUCUUUAUUUAGGAGGAUUUCGUUUUGUAUGCUACUACACCAACUGGGCCCAAUACCGCCCUGGUAACGGAAAAUUUAUGCCAGAAGAUAUCGAUCCUGAACUAUGCACUCACUUAAUCUAUGCAUUUGCGAAGCCAGUGGGAUUGGAUCUUCAUCCUUUCGAGCACAAUGAUGACGAUUCGCCAUGGAGUGAAGGAAUGUAUCGUCGAGUUAUUAAAAUCAAAAGUAAAAAGCCAGGCCUGAAAGUACUCCUAGCUGCAGGAGGCUAUAAUAUGGGAUCCGAACCCUUUAUACCACUAGUACAGACAGAGGAAUCGAGGCUCAGGUUUUCAGAGAAUGUACUGGCAUUUCUUCGCAAAAGGCAGUUUGAUGGUUUUGAUAUGGACUGGGAAUACCCUGCAGCACGGGGUAGUCCUAGCGGCGACAAGGCCAGGUUUCAGCUGCUCAUGGAGGAGCUAAAGCGAACAUUCGAUCAUGAAGCUGAGGCAACUGGCAGGCAGCGACUCCUUCUGACAGUUGCAGUCCCUGCUGGGAAAGAGAAUAUCGAUAAUGGCUAUGAGGUUCAAAAACUGGCAAACGUCGUAGAUUUCAUUUCUAUAAUGAGCUAUGACCUUCAUGGAGCAUGGGAGAACUACCUGGGCUUCAACUCACCAUUAUAUCCCUAUCCCACGGAGAAUACGGACCAGAGACGUCUCAAUGUGGACUGGGCUGCUCGAUAUUACGUGUCUCUUGGAGCCCCAAAGAAGAAACUCAAUAUUGGAAUAGCUACUUACGGACGCUCCUUUCAAUUAGUGGAGACCUUCGAUCACUCAAUUCUGUCUCCAGCUGCAGGUGCAGGAAGGAGGUACCCCUACAGUCGUGAAGCAGGGAUCAUGGCGUAUUACGAGAUUUGCGAGUUCAUUAAAAACGAAAGUGCAACAGUUGUAAAUGUCCCGUCUCAGGGCAAUCCAUACGCCUUUAAGGAUACCCAUUGGGUAGGCUAUGACGACGUUGCCAGCGUAAAGGCAAAGGCCUGUUAUGCAAAAAGCAAUGGAUAUGGGGGAAUACUGUUCUGGACUUUAGAUUUCGAUGAUUUCAAUGGCCACUUCUGCAAACAGGGAAAAUACCCCUUGCUGAAUGCGGCUAAACAAGAAGUAUCAUCUCUGUCAU